AUGAUUUAAUUAUCUUAAAAAAACCACUUAUAAUGGAGAAUAUAAUUUGAAGGGAAAUAAAUUUAGUGGUUUUGGAUAAUAUUGCGGAGAAGAGAUUAUUUAAAAACAUGCAAUUAUCAAAAUUAUUAGAGACAUCAACACCCAGAUAUAUAUAAGUUUACAGGUUGUGAGAUGAUGAUAGCUGAGAUAAAAGUAGUUCUAGAUAAGUAGUUAUCAAAAUCACUAUUAGAACUUUCAAGAAUAUUUAAAUAGCAUAGUAAUCUUUAUCCUUCUUUAGACAUAUCAGAAUAAAAUAAAAUAGAACAUUAAUGGAUGAGUAUUUGUACCUUGGAGUAAUUGUAAAAAAAGGUUUGUUAUAAAAACAAUUCUCUUAAAUUAUCUUUAGGAAUUUUAGAAUUUUCGAUCCUCAAUUAAGCAUUAGUGCAUCAUUUUUUAUUUAAACACUAACAAUAAAAAUCAUAAAUAAUUUUAAUAAAGUUUCUUAUUAAUGUCAAUCCAAAAAAGCAAAAAAGUUCAUGAAUUGAAUAGAAUGGAUGGUCAUAGAGAUUGUGUAAUAUCGAUAUGCUUCUCUCCUGAUUGUUCUACAUUAGCAUCUGGAAGUUGGGAUAAGUCUAUCCGUUUUUGGGAUGUCAAAACAGGUUAAUAAACAGUAAAAUUAACUGGUCAUAGUGAUACAGUCUACUCAGUAUUCUUCUCUCCUGAUGGUAAUUCAUUGGCAUCCGGUAGUGCUGAUCAGUCUAUCUAUCUAUGGGAUGUUAAGACAGGAUAAUAAAAAAUUAAAUUAAUUGGUCAUGAUAAUUUAGUCACAUCAAUAAGCUUCUCUCCUGAUGGCAAUACAUUAGCAUCUGGUAGUUUGGAUAACUCCAUACGCUUAUGGGAUGUUGGAACGGGAUUAUAAAAAUUUAAAAUGGAUGGUCAUACUCAAUGGGUUCAAUCUGUAUGCUUCUCUCCUGAUGGUACAACUGUAGCAUCCGGUAGUCAUGAUAACUCUAUAUGUUUAUGGGACGUUAAGAGAGGAUUAUAAAAAUCCAAACUGGAUGGUCAUAAACAUUAUGUGAGAUCGGUCUGUUUUUCUCCUGAUGGUGCUACCUUAGCAUCUGGUAGUGGAGAUAAAUCUAUCCGAUUAUGGAAUGUGAAGACAGGAUAAUAAAAAGCUAAUUUAAGUGGCCAUACUGAUUGGGUUUCAGCAGUAUGCUUCUCUAAAGAUGGAUUGACUUUAGCAUCUAGUAGCUAUGAUAAGUCUAUUCUUAUAUGGGAAGUAAAGACCGGACAACAAAUAAGUAAACUGGAUGGCCAUGACAAUACAGUUUACUCAGUAUGCUUCUCUGAAGGUACUACAUUAGCAUCUUGUAGUGCUGAUAAGUCUAUCUGUUUAUGGGAUGUUAAGACAGGAUAAUAAAAAACUAAAUUUAAUGGCCAUACUGGGGAAGUAGUUUCAGUCUGCUUUUCUCCUGAUGGUAAUACUUUAGCAUCUGGUAGCCAUGAUAAGUCAAUUCGUUUAUGGGAUGUUAAGACAGGAAAAUAAAAAACUAAAUUUAAUGGUCAUACUGGGGAAGUCUUAUCUGUCUGUUUCUCUCCUAAUGGUAAUACUUUGGUAUCUGGUAGUCAUGAUAAAUCUAUUCGUUUAUGGGAUGUUAAGACAGGAUAAUAAAAAACUAAAUUAAAUGGUCAUACUGAGGAAAUAUAAUCAGUCUGUUUCUCUCCUGAUGGUAAUACUUUAGCAUCUGGUAGCCAUGAUAAGUCAAUUCGUUUAUGGGAUGUUAAGAUCGGAUAAUAAAAAACUAAACUAGAUGGUCAUAUAGAUAGGGUUUGGUCAGUCUGUUUCUCUCCUGAUGGGUAUACUUUGGCAUCUGGAAGUCUAGAUAAGUCUAUUCGAUUUUGGGAUGUUAAAACGGGAUAAUAAAAAACUAAAUUAGAUUAUGAUAGUUUUGUCUACUCAGUCUGUUUCGCUUCUGAUGGUAAUACUUUAGCAUCUGGUCAUUAUAAAACUAUAUGUUUAUGGGAUGUUAAGACAGGAUAAUAAAAAACGAAAUUAGUUGGUCAUAGUGAUUAUGUCUACACAAUCUGUUUCUCUCCUGAUGGUAAUACUUUAGCAUCCGGAAGUGAUGAUAACUCUAUCCGUGUAUGGGAUGUUAAGAUGGGAUAAUAAAAAACUAAAUUAGAUGAUCAUACUAGUACUGUCAUGUCAGUAUGUAUAUCUCCUGAUGGCAAUACUUUAGCAUCUGGUAGUUACGAUAAGUCUAUUCGUUUAGCUAAAUUGGAAUGAAUGAAUUUAUUAUUCCUAUUUUUAUAUAAAGAGAC